AUGUCAUCCCCAGCCUCCGCAAUGCAAAUCCGCGCCGAGAACGCCGAGCAAGAAAUCGCUGAGUUGAAGCGAGACCUCGAGCUCGCCAACAAGAAGAACGAAGACCUCGCGGCAAAGCUGGAAGCGGCGCAGAAAGAGCUUGUAGAGCGCAGGCAAGCUGAGACCGACGAUAUACGGGCCAAGAUACUUGCGAUUGAAUCGGGUCAAGUGGUUCAGGGCCCAAGCAAGUCAAGCAAGCUGUUUGAGGCGAUGGAGCAGCAAGUGAAAGUUUUGCGCAUGAUUGAGCGGCAGGAGGAGCAUGGGCUCGAUAAGUCAUUGAGCGCUUCUUAUCGCGCUAGGUUCGAGCGUAAUCAGAUCUUGAUGGCUGAAAUCGAUAGGCGGGCGAAGAUUCUGCGUGAGCCGAAUGAUGCUGCGUUGUUUCUCGAAGACCCGGAGGUCAAGAAGUGGUUGAUUUAG